AGUUAAUCACAUUGAAAAUUGAUUCACCCGUGUUGUAGUUGGUGAUAGCCGCGACUGUUUUCUCUUUCUUCUUCUCUCUUCUCUCUCUCUUCGGAGUUUGGAGUUUUAUCUGUGUGGAGCACUUUGGUGGCUGCAAAAAUGGAGAACGUGGAUCCUUCGCGAGAUUUUGUCAAAGACGUGAAGCGCAUAGUCAUCAAGGUUGGAACUGCUGUUGUUACCCGCAAAGAUGGACGCUUGGCAGUUGGAAAAUUAGGUGCACUUUGUGAACAGAUUAAGGAACUUAACUCUCUGGGAUAUGAGGUUAUUUUGGUCUCUUCUGGUGCUGUUGGCCUUGGACGCCAAAGGCUUAAAUACAGGAAAUUAGUUAAUAGCAGCUUUGCUGACCUUGAGAAGCCACAGGUUGAGCUUGAUGGCAAGGCGUGUGCCGCAGUUGGACAAAGCAGCCUCAUGGCUAUUUAUGAUUCCUUGUUUAGUCAGCUGGAUGUCACAUCUGCUCAGCUUCUUGUUACAGACAACGAUUUUAGAGACAGAGAUUUUAGAAAGCAACUUACUGAAACGGUGAAGUCGUUGUUGGCACUUAAAGUUAUUCCUGUUUUCAACGAGAAUGAUGCUGUCAGUACUAGGAAAGCUCCAUAUGAGGAUUCUUCUGGAAUAUUUUGGGAUAAUGACAGUUUAUCAGCUUUGUUGGCCUUGGAGUUAAAAGCUGAUCUUCUUGUUUUGUUGAGUGAUGUAGAGGGUCUUUACAGUGGGCCUCCAAGUGAUCCAGAGUCAAAGCUCAUUCAUACAUACAUCAAAGAAAAACACCAAAAUGAAAUUACUUUUGGAGACAAGUCUAGGGUGGGAAGAGGUGGAAUGACAGCCAAAGUGAAGGNNNNUUUCUGUUUCGUUUAUAAGAAUAUUUUAUUGAAGUCAUGACUUGUGAACACUAAUUUUUCAAACAAUAGAAACGAUAAGAAAUCUAUAUUAACUACUUAAUACCUACUCUGUUUUAUUCUCAUCUUUGGAAUUUUGUUUUUCCUUGAUUCUGCUACCUUUUUUAUUUUCAGUGGCUAUGCGGCAGAAAAUAUCAUUAAAGUUCUCCAAGGACAACGUAUUGGAACACUCUUCCAUAAAGAUGCACAUAAGUGGGCACCAGUUAAAGAGGUGGAUGCACGGGAAAUGGCAGUUGCAGCUCGGGACUGUUCCAGACGACUUCAGGCCUUACCUUCAGAGGAGAGGAAACAAAUUAUGUUAAAUAUAGCUGAUGCGUUGGAAGCAAAUGAAAAGGAAAUCAGGACUGAAAAUGAAGCUGAUGUUGCUGCUGCACAAGAAGCAGGAUAUGAGAAAUCCUUGGUUGCUAGGCUGUUUUUAAAACCUGGGAAGAUUACAAGCCUUGCAAACAACAUGCGAACUAUUGCAAACAUGGACGAUCCAAUUGGUCGAGUGUUAAAACGAACUGAGCUUGCAGAUGGGUUAAUUUUAGAGAAGAUAUCAUCUCCUAUAGGAGUUCUCUUAAUUGUUUUUGAAUCUCGCCCUGAUGCACUUGUACAGAUAGCUUCUUUGGCGAUCCGGAGUGGUAAUGGGCUUCUUUUGAAAGGAGGCAAGGAGGCUAAGCGAUCAAAUGCAAUUUUGCACAAAGUAAUUACUGAGGCCAUACCUGAUACUGUUGGCGGAAAACUUAUUGGACUCGUUACAACAAGAGCAGAGAUCCCAGAGCUACUUAAGCUGGAUGACGUAAUUGAUCUGGUGAUUCCUAGAGGCAGCAACCAACUUGUUUCUCAGAUAAAGAGUUCCACUAAAAUUCCUGUUCUAGGUCAUGCUGAUGGAAUUUGUCAUGUCUAUAUUGAUAAAUCUGCUAACUUGGAGAUGGCAAGGCGGAUUGUUCUGGAUGCAAAAAUAGAUUAUCCAGCAGGCUGUAAUGCCAUGGAAACACUUCUUGUUCACAAGGACUUAGCAGAUAAAAAUUGGCUCAAUGAUAUUAUUGUUGACCUACGAACAGAAGGUGUUACAUUAUAUGGAGGACCCAAGGCAAGCUCUCUGUUAAAUAUUCCACAGGCACGUUCGUUUCAUCAUGAGUACAGUUCGUUGGCCUGCACUAUUGAAAUUGUGGAUGAUGUGUAUGCAGCUAUUGACCAUAUAAAUCUUUAUGGAAGUGCGCAUACCGAUUCCAUUGUCGCGGAAGAUCAUGAAGUGGCUGAUGCUUUUCUACGCCAAGUUGACAGUGCUGCUGUUUUUCACAAUGCUAGUACAAGAUUCAGUGAUGGGGCGCGAUUUGGAUUAGGCGCAGAGGUUGGAAUAAGUACAAGCAGGAUUCAUGCUCGGGGCCCUGUAGGAGUUGAUGGCUUGUUAACAACCAGAUGGAUUCUAAAAGGGAGUGGACAAAUAGUUGAUGGUGACAAAGCAGUUAGUUACACUCAUAGAGACCUUACAGCUACUUGAUUUGUAGUUGUAACUACAAAUUCACAUCAUUCUGAAGAAGGGAUAGGAUGCUUGGAGGCGAUUGGGUUGUCCUUUAGAGUGUGGCAGAAACUGUAUAAUUCAAUAGAGGGAGGGAUAUCUGUGUUAUGUAUUGUUGCUUAUCCGUUCAUUGUGUUAUGUUGUAUACGCAUUGUUAGGAAAUUAAUGUUCUUUGUUUAGGAUUCUUUUUAUUCUUAUUAUUUUCAAGUGAAAUGAUAAUAGCUCUGUUUGUUAAUGCAAAUAAAAAAGAUGAUUUUAUUGCUCUUCUUGAAGGUUUGAUUUGUAAUAGGAUAGAAAAGAGAGGUAAAGAGUGAAGUGGAUUAAAUCAAAACUUUUAUGUUUUUUGGUUAUCCACGGUAUUUCCUAGCUCGACAAGCCAAUGACUAAUCCGUUGUGGAUCUAAACACCUUUUCAUAAGUACAAAAAGUUGGCGUUGUUUGA